GAUUUUGAGCCACAAUGGUGAUUGUUUCCCAAGUUAGUCUUGCGUCUGUCAGCUGAUCUGGCUUCUAAUACACUUCGGACAGACAUUUCGCUGUCCAUUGAAUCGGGCACUGGACCACUGAAUACUAACAGAAGAUAUAAAUACUCAGGAUGGACACUUCUAAACUUUCUAAGAUCCGUGAUGAGGAGCGGGAAAGCGAGUUUGGAUAUGUGCAUGGAGUUUCUGGUCCAGUGGUGACUGCUACCGCCAUGGCGGGAGCGGCUAUGUAUGAGCUGGUGCGCGUGGGCCACAGUGAGCUGGUAGGAGAGAUCAUCAGGUUGGAGGGAGACAUGGCAACUAUUCAGGUCUACGAGGAGACAUCUGGGGUGUCAGUGGGUGACCCGGUCCUUCGGACUGGAAAGCCCCUGUCUGUGGAGUUGGGGCCGGGUAUCAUGGGCUCCAUCUUUGAUGGUAUCCAACGUCCCCUCAAAGACAUCAACGACCUCACCCAGAGUAUUUACAUCCCUAGAGGGGUCAACAUUGGCGCCCUCAACCGUGAGCUCCAGUGGGAAUUCACGCCCGGCCAAAGUCUCAGAACCGGCAGUCACAUAACGGGUGGGGACAUCUACGGCACGGUGUUCGAGAACUCCCUGAUCAAGCACAAGCUGAUGCUCCCACCUCGGAGCCGAGGCACCGUCACCUUUGUGGCUCCGCCUGGAAACUACACCGUCAACGAUGUGGUGCUGGAGCUGGAGUUUGAGGGCGUGAAAGAGAAGUUUACAAUGGUCCAGGUCUGGCCCGUGAGACAGAUCCGCCCGGUUACUGAGAAGCUACCUGCCAAUCACCCCCUGCUGACCGGACAGAGAGUGCUGGAUGCGCUCUUCCCGUGUGUCCAGGGAGGCACCACCGCUAUCCCAGGAGCCUUUGGUUGCGGAAAGACUGUGAUCUCACAGUCCCUGUCCAAGUACUCAAACAGCGACGUCAUCAUCUACGUGGGCUGUGGGGAGCGUGGUAACGAGAUGUCCGAAGUGCUGAGAGAUUUCCCCGAGCUCACCAUGGAGGUUGACGGAAAGGUGGAGAGCAUCAUGAAGAGGACGGCGUUAGUGGCCAACACCUCCAACAUGCCUGUAGCUGCCAGAGAGGCCUCCAUCUAUACAGGGAUCACCCUCUCCGAGUACUUCAGGGACAUGGGCUACAAUGUCAGCAUGAUGGCCGACUCCACCUCCCGAUGGGCCGAGGCGCUCCGGGAGAUCUCCGGACGAUUGGCCGAGAUGCCUGCCGACAGCGGGUACCCCGCCUACCUGGGGGCCAGGCUGGCCUCCUUCUAUGAGCGUGCCGGCAGGGUGAAGUGCCUGGGCAACCCUGAGAGAGAGGGCAGCGUCAGCAUCGUCGGAGCUGUAUCGCCUCCUGGUGGAGACUUCUCCGAUCCCGUGACCUCGGCUACACUGGGUAUAGUACAGGUGUUUUGGGGUCUGGAUAAAAAGUUGGCUCAGAGGAAGCAUUUCCCCUCAGUCAACUGGCUGAUCAGCUACAGCAAGUACACCCGGGCGCUUGAUGAGUACUACGACAAGCACUUCCCAGAGUUUGUGCCCCUGCGCACCAAGGCCAAGGAGAUCCUGCAGGAGGAGGAGGACCUUGCCGAGAUUGUCCAGCUGGUCGGCAAGGCUUCUCUCGCUGAGACCGACAAAAUCACACUGGAGGUGGCGAAACUCCUCAAAGACGACUUCCUGCAGCAGAAUGGCUACACCCCCUAUGACAGGUUCUGCCCCUUCUACAAAACGGUGGGCAUCCUCUCCAAUACGAUUGCAUUCUACGAUCUGGCGCGGCAUGCGGUGGAGACCACGGCUCAGAGCGACAACAAGAUCACCUGGUCCAUGAUCCGUGAGCACAUGGGGGACAUCAUGUACCGGCUAAGCUCCAUGAAGUUCAAGGACCCGGUGAAGGAGGGCGAGGUCAAGAUCAAAGCGGAGUACGCCACGCUGCUGGAGGACAUGCAGAACGCUUUCCGUACCCUGGAAGACUGAGCUGCCCCCCCACCCCCCCACCACCACCACCAUCUGAGCCCUCCCUGGUCCCAUCCCCAGUCUGUGGCCCCUUGUCCGUGAAUGUUUGCUUAGGCCACGUCUUCUCGCUUCAGUCACUCAAGUCAUUCCUAGGUGUUCAUUCCUCCACAUUCCACCCCUCCGUUCCACCCCUCCGUUCCACCCCUCCGUUCCACCCCUCCGUUCCACCCCUCCGUUCCACCCCUCCGUUCCACCCCUCCGUUCCACCCCUCUGUUCUACCCCUCUGUUCUACCCCUCCGUUCCACCCCUCUGUUCCACCCCUCUGUUCUACCCCUCCGUUCCACCCGCGCUCUUCUUAUCCGACCGUAUCGUUGCGUCCUAGUCGGUACCAGAAUCUUGACUUAUCGGUUUAAACUUGAAUCCGUUGACGACGGGUCUCUCGUGGUACAGGAGUCCACUGGCAGAGACGCGACUCUUCUACCAUUUGUGAAACGAUCAUCCCUGACCCCAAGCGCCGUGUGAAUGAGCUUCUCUGCCUCCAGCCCUGCUGUCAUCCAUGAAGAGCACACGAGUACGGCGUGUGUCGCAGCCAAUCAUCCACCGGCUCUGGUCCGGUGCUGCCCUCAGGCUACAACACAGGGCCCCGCCCACCAGUGGAGUUUCACCAGGUGGGACUGGCACCAAUCGAGAUGGUUCACAAAAAGGGGAACAUACGCUGGGAUAAGGAGGGAGGGACUACUUGAUCGUUUCAGGAAUUUGAGAACCUUUUCUUCUCACCAACCUCUCAGAUGUGAUUUUUGUUCUUCCUUUUACUCUGGAUAUAUUGACGUUUAUGUUAUUGUUUUUUGUGUUGUGUGAAUGUGUGAGUUGGAGACGUGUGUGUGUAUGUGUGUUAGAAUUGGUUGUCUCCAUCUUUAAAGGUAUAUUUAUGUCACUUGUAAAGACAAUAAAUGAAUGAGAAAUGA